AUGCAAGAGGUGACACUGAGCCUGUUCAUCCUCCUGGCAGGCCUGCCUGCCUUGGACGCCAACGACCCAGAAGAUAAAAACAGUCCUUUCUACUAUGACUGGCGCAGACUCCGGAUUGGCGGGCUCGUCUGCGCCGCAGUUCUGUGCAUCAUCGGCAUCAUCGUCCUCAUGAGUGGGAAAUGCAAAUGCAAGUUCAGCCAGAAACCCAGGUAA